GUUCUACUUUAAAAAAUGUCCGCGAGCGGAACGUUGGAGUCGAUGUUGGGACCGUUACGAAGCAACUCUCCAUCUUACCCGUCACCAAAAUGAAAUGUCCUUGUUUUAAACGAGAUAAAUCGCCCUACAGUAUGUUUACAUUUUAUAAUCGUCGUCUUCCCUCUAACCGAGUGGUGAAGACCAGCAGUUAACCGACUUUUCCGGGGGGAGUGUUGACGGUGUAACACCAGACUUGAGAACAAGACGCCGCUCCCGUCCCGUCCCUUCACUGUGAAUUUGUUUUUAGCUACAUUCUCCGUCAAAUUAUUUAUAUUUUAUCCAUGAGUUGCAGAGGAGACAGCGAUGAGGACAGCUGCAGUAAACGGAGAGUCGCGUAUGUCUACAGCCCGGAGUACAUUGAGACUUGCGACACUUUAUCCAAAGUGCCAAACCGGGCAAGUAUGGUCCACUCACUGAUAGAGGCCUAUGGACUCCUUGAAAACAUGAGCACCAUUAAACCUCAACUGGCCACCAUCGAGGAAAUGGCCAAGUUCCACACAGACUCUUACCUGGAGCAUCUUCACAAGAUCAGCCAGGAUGGAGACAACGAUGAUCCGCAGUCAGUCGACUACGGCCUGGGUUAUGACUGUCCGGUGGUGGAGGGGAUAUUUGACUAUGCGGCAGCAGUAGGGGGCGCUACACUGACAGCUGCCCAGUGUCUGCUGGACCAAAAGUGUGACGUUGCCAUCAACUGGGCAGGGGGGUGGCACCAUGCCAAGAAGGAUGAGGCAUCAGGUUUCUGUUAUGUGAACGAUGCUGUGUUGGGAAUCCUCAGACUGAGGGAGAAAUACGAGAGAGUCCUCUAUGUGGACAUUGACCUGCAUCACGGAGAUGGUGUGGAAGAUGCCUUCAGCUUCACAUCCAAAGUCAUGACGGUCUCUCUGCACAAGUUCUCUCCUGGAUUCUUCCCAGGUACGGGUGACCUGUCUGACACGGGGCUGGGUAAAGGCCGUUGGUACGCUGUGAAUGUCCCGCUGGAGGACGGCAUCAAGGAUGACCGAUACUACCAGAUUUUUACCAGUGUGAUGCAGGAAGUGCGGGCGCAGUUCAACCCGGAGGCGUUGGUGAUGCAGCUGGGUGCCGACACCAUGGCGGGCGACCCCAUGUGCUCCUUCAACAUGACCCCAGUUGGGGUGGGCAAGUGUCUACAGUAUGUCUUGGAGUGGCAGCUACCUACACUGCUGCUGGGAGGAGGAGGUUAUAACCUGGCUAAUACGGCUCGUUGUUGGACCUACCUGACGGCAGCAGUGCUGGGAAAAACUCUUUCCUCUGAGAUACCAGACCACGAGUUUUUUACAGAGUACGGACCUGACUACUCGCUGGAGAUAAGUCCAAGCUGUCGACCAGACCGCAAUGACACCAAACACCUGGACCAGGUCAUCAGCACCAUCAAAGGGAAUUUAAAGAAUGUGGUUUAGGAGUCAGCAGCCUCAGCCUCCUCCACACACACACACACACACACACACACAUCAUGUUUCCAAACCAGGUCGGCGGCUUUAAUGAAGACAAUAUGGAGCGGACCCCUUCGGCCCCGAGGCACGGAGCGAACAAGGGAGGGAUGAAGGCAGGAAAAAGAGAGCGAAUGAGGGUUUUGGAAAACAUUAGCCGAGUGUUUCCAGGGGAAAACGGUUUAAUUGGGGGGAGGGAGGGGUGAUGUGGUUGCUGUACAAUGUUCACUGUUUUUAAUCCUUUGUUUUUUGGAAAAGGUAUGUGUGUUUGUGUGAAUGAGAGCGUUUGUGGUGAGUUUAGUGUGGGUAUGUAAAACUGAAUUACAGUUUGGGGGGUUUUUUUACAGUCAGUGCACCCUGAGUUUUUGUAUCAAGGGAUGCGUUUGUGUACAUCCUAUCAGUCGGAGACAUUUUAAACUAAACGGAAAAACAGAUUUUCCAGGUGUCCGGUUUCACGGUCACCCCUUUGCUGCUGUGAGUUCAGCCCCCUGAGGACAGAUAAGCACUAAAACAGACAAAGUGAAGCUUCCCCAAACGCCUCGUUAUACUUGUAGAAACCCCUGGGUUUCUGAACAGAUCCGGAAAGUCCUGAAAAGUACAUGAAAUAAAUUUUCCAAGUCUUGAGAAACUUGGAAAGUUUACAAAUAAACAGUCUGGAAAAGUUUGGAAAAUAGCCAGUUACACAUUGUGGAAGUUGAUUUGCUCAGCCACAAUGUUGUGACCGCUGGGCAAAAUCUGCAAAUUAAACAUCUGGACAGCGUUUGGAAUUUUAAAUGGAAAAUAUGCAGGGAAAAGUUAAAAAGGUUUUUUUUUCCAUAGACAGGCAAUAACAAAGAUUACAUGAACUUUUAGAAUGUUUUAGAUAAAAGCAGCAGUCCUAAACUGGUCUAGCACGACUGGAGAAAAAUCAAUUCAUUUCAGGUCAAUAAACAAACAGGACUGGAAACGUAUCCUUUACAAGUCUUUAAAUGUUUGAAGUUCACUAAACACUUAUUCUCAGCUGUAGCAUCAUAUGUCUCAUUGUGUUUAACAGCCACUUUCACUAAACGGUUUAUCACAGUUUAUCACUGACUGAAAUCUGUGGGAACUCUGAAAAUGGAAAAUUUGUUGGAACCCAGUCUGCAGUAUAAACAGUUCCUCUGUUAAAAAAUAAACAAAACAUGAUCUCCACUGUAGUUGCCUUUUAAAUGUAGCUCUAAUGUCUCCAAGUACUCUGCAAAGUCUGUAUAGUUUGUAGUUUUUUUGUAAAUGCAUCACGCAGAUGAAGAUCGCAGUUGCAUUCUUCUUGUAGGUUAUUAAGAUGCCUAAAACAAUUCUAAAGACAGAUGCAAAGUGCAUCUACUUAUUUCCAUGUCUGUAGAAGUGGAUUUGGAAUUGGAUCAGGUUUUGAAUUUGGGAUUGCACUAAUAAUCUUGCACUAAUAAUCUUGCAUUGAUCAGUCCCAGUGUUUAUGGCCAAAUUACUUUUAAUUAGUUCAUUUCUGACCUUAGAAAUAGUAGUUUUACAAAAAAUGCUAACUCAACGUCCACUCACUUCCAUACUUGCUCAAACACCAUCAACUGCAAGAUGUGGCCGAAAGCUCCAGAAAAAGCAAGAAAGUGGACCUUGAGUAAAGAUUUUUUUUUUUGUCAAACUACUAUAAUUGUGGCAAGUAAAAUCAUUUUCAAGCAUUAAAAUCCAUUAUUAGUUAUUUCUGAAGAUUUUUGUUGCUUUGUUUUAAUUUUUCUUGAUUUAUUUUAUUUUUUUUAAAGUUGAAAAAUGUUUUGGCUUUUAACAAGCUGCUGACUGGGGGAAAAAACACAUUUCUAAGCUUAGUAACAAAGUAAAACUAACAGUUUUGACCAAAAUCGGAUAAACAUGAAAUCUUGUGUAGGAAUAUUUUAGUUCAUCUAUCAAAUCGUCUGAGAAUUGAAAAGAAAGUUGUGUAAACUGUUUUUCCUUUUUAUGUUUAUGCAUUUGUCUUCACAGAAUGCCUUUUUUUUUUCAUUUUUAACUGUUGGCAUGUUUUGAUGUACAUACCACGGGCGUUUGUUGAAAUAAAAGACAGGAGAGCA